CUCACUGUCAGGAUAUUCUAUCCACACGCACGUGCACACACGCACACAGACUAAAACACACUCUUUCACGCAUGGAGUACUACUGCACAAUCCUACUCUGGAUUCUCUGCAGCAUGCUGCCAGGGUUCCAUGACUGUUUUAACAUUGACACCACAAAUCACAGGAUCAUAAAGGGGCCCAGGCAGACGCAGUUUGGCUACACUGUCCAACAACACACGGCCGGGGGAGAAAAGUGGUUACUGGUAGGAGCCCCACUGGAAACAAAUGGGCAGCAUCAGACAGGAGACGUAUACAAAUGUCCGCUAAGCAGAAGAUCUGGAGGGCCCAGCUGCACCAAACUCAAUCUUGGAAGGAUAUCCUUGACUAAUGUCUCUGAGCGCAAGGAUAGGAUGAGGCUUGGAAUGACUCUUUCCUCUAACCCUAAAGACAACAGCUUCGUGGCUUGUGGUCCUCUAUGGUCCUACGAAUGCGGAAGCUCAUACUACAGCACUGGAAUUUGCUCCAGAGUCAAUGCCAGCUUCAAAUUUUCCCGCACGAUCGCUCCUGCCUUCCAAAGGUGUGAGACAUACAUGGACAUAGUGAUAGUCCUUGAUGGUUCAAAUUCAAUCUACCCCUGGAAUGAAGUUCAGGAUUUCCUCAUUAACAUCCUGAGGAAAUUUCAUGUCGGACCAGGACAGAUUCAGGUUGGAGUAGUGCAGUAUGGGGAAAAGGUGGUAACUGAGUUUCAGCUGAAUGACUUCCGCUCUGUAGAGGAUGUGGUCAAAGCCGCCAGUAAGAUUGGUCAGCGAGGAGGAGAAGAGACCAACACUGCACUAGGAAUCAAUAUUGCACGCACACAUGCCUUUACUCAGGGAGGCAGAAAAGGAGCCAAGAAGGUCAUGAUUGUCAUCACAGACGGUGAAUCACAUGACAGCCCUGAUCUGCAGCAUGUCAUCGAGGAAAGCGAAAAAGACGGGAUCACCCGAUAUGCCAUUGCCGUACUGGGCUACUAUAACCGCAGAGGCAUCAACCCUGAAGCGUUCCUCAAGGAGAUCAAGUACAUCGCCAGUGACCCCGACGAUAAACAUUUUUUUAAUGUGACGGAUGAAGCAGCUUUGAAGGACAUCGUGGACGCUCUUGGAGAGAGGAUCUUCAGUUUAGAGGGUACCAGCAAGAAUGGGACAGCAUUUGGUCUCCAGAUGUCUCAGGCUGGCUUCUCAACACACGUAGUGGAGGAUGGGAUUUUAGUGGGAGCUGUUGGGGCUUAUGACUGGAAUGGAGCUGUGCUGAAGGAGACACGUCAGGGUAAAGUGGUUCCACCAAAGUCCUCCUAUGAGCAGGAGUUCCCAGAAAAACUGAAGAACCACGGGGCAUACCUGGGUUACACGGUGACAUCUGUGGUGUCAGCUCGCAGUGGUCAGUUAUAUGUAGCAGGAGCUCCGCGGUUUAACCACACAGGAAAGGUCAUCAUCUUCACUCUGAAGAACACAGGAGAACUCACUAUAUUACACUCCCUGAAGGGACAACAGAUCGGGUCAUACUAUGGCAGUGAGAUCGCUCCAGUUGACUUGGAUGGUGAUGGAGUGACGGAUAACCUUCUGGUGGCUGCACCCAUGUUCUUCAGUGGAGGAUGGGAAAAGGGCAAAGUCUACAUCUACAGAGUAACAGAGCAGCCACGUUUCAUACUGGAGGGCUCGCUGGAGGUCUUAGAUCAGGGCCAGAACGCCCGUUUCGGCUCUGCACUGGCCCCUGUGCCUGACCUUAAUGGAGAUUCAUUUAAUGACGUAGUGGUCGGUGCUCCGCUAGAGGACGACAACAAAGGGGCUGUUUAUGUCUACCACAGCCAGCGCAACAGAAUACUGAGGAAGUACAAACAGAGGAUUGGAGCAGUUCAGCUGGCUCCUGGACUGCAGUUCUUUGGCCGUAGUAUCCAUGGGAAGAUGGAUAUGAAUGGAGAUGGUCUGGUGGAUCUUGCUAUAGGUUCCCUGGGAGCAGCAGUACUUCUUUGGUCUCGAAGUGUUGUUCGAAUCCACGUCACUGUUCGAUUUGAGCCCAGCAAGAUCAAUAUAUUCAAUAAAGACUGUCGGAGAGGAGAGAAGGAUGUGACCUGUAUGUCGGCUAUUGUAUGUCUGAAUGUCACAGCUCGGACACCUAUCAGAGAUUCACAGGAAAUAGCCCUCAGAUACACUGCAUCCAUAGAGGAAAAGCGUUUUAACCCUCGCGCCGUGUUUGAUCAUCCAGAUCGCCAGCAGCCUCAGAAUCUCACACUGUUUCCCGGACAGGAGAGAUGUGACCACAUUUACUUCCAUGUGAUGGAGACUACCGACUAUGCCAGGCCCAUCAUAUUCAAUGUAGAUACUGGACUGCUGGACCCGGACCAAGGCCCAGUUUUGGACGAUAGCUGGCCAACUACAGUAAAAACAGAGCUUCCUUUCUGGAACGGAUGUGAUGAAGAUGACCAUUGUGUUCCAGAUUUGGUGUUGCAGUCUCAGACCGAUCUGUUAAAUCGCAAGCAGUUUUGUGCACAGGCGUUUCGCGCAGGGAGUGUGUUGUGUCGGAGUCAAAGUUCAGCUGAACCUCCUGAACGCAUCGUGGAGGGUUCGAGAAGGAGGAUGGUGGUGGAUGUACGUCUAGAAAACAGAGGAGAGAAUGCUUAUAGGACCCAGCUAAACAUCUCUUACACUUCAAACCUACGCUUCUCCAGCCUUAUAGUAAAGGAUAACUCUGAUAUACAUAUAGACUGCCGAAGUGAGAAGAGAAAAUAUGUGAAAAAUUGCAAUGUCAGCGCACCCUUUAUGAGAGCAAAGUCACAGGUUACGUUUCGUUUGGAGUUUGAAUUCAGUAACUCUGUGCUGCUGGAUCACGUACAGCUCAUUCUGGAGGUCACCAGUGAGGGUGAGGAAGUGGCCUUACACGAUAACGUUAAUGCUAUUUUCUACAUGCUGAGAUAUGAGGCUGAUCUGCUCUUUACAAGGGAUUUUUACCCAACCCGAUAUGAACUUAAACCAGACAUUUCGUUAGAAGAACCAAGUGAUAUCAAUCCUCCUUUUAACUUUACUUUUCAGAUGCAGAACCUUGGUUUUUUCCCGGUCCAAGAUCUGCAACUGUACAUUGCAAUUCCUGAAGUUACAAAAAAUGGCAACCAGCUCCUGCAAAUAGGAGAUUUUCACAUAGACCAGGUAGGUGGUAGUCACUGUAUCCCCCCUCAGCACGUGGCACACAGUCGGGCCUCUCCAGAGGACCUCUCACGAAUAUCACAAUUGAACUAUUCCAACACCCUGGCUAUACCAGUGCAAUGCACCAUCAACCUGCCGUCCUACAGAGAUGUCAGUGUGAAAAUUAGUGGAUCUCUGUGCACCGAUGCGCUGCAUGCUCUGAAGUUCAAAACCCUUGAGCUGGUGACGACAGCCUCAGCGGAGCUAAACCCAUCCAGCCCCAUGUUUCUGCAUGAGGAGAGGCCGGUCAGACAUAUAUUUCUAGAAAUUAGGAAAGAGGAGGAUUACCGUGUUCCCAUCUGGAUUAUCAUAGGCAGCACACUCGGUGGCUUGUUGCUUCUUUCUCUCCUCAUUCUAGCACUUUGGAAGUUGGGAUUUUUCCAAAGGCAGAAGCGACGUGAGGAGGCAGAGAACGACGCAAAUGGUAAAAUGGCAGAGGAAAGAUAACGCAGGGUGCUCCAAAGGGUUCAGACAGGCCCGCUUCUCAGGGACCGACCCACAGCAACACACCACGUCUCUGAAACAGAGAGAACGCAAGAAAAUGUAAGACUUGUGGCAAUGAAGAAAUGUAAGACAGGAGAGGGACACGCUCUGUGCACUGGACGACCUGUUGUUCCCUAAAAACACUGCAAUGACCCUCGCCGUGCCCGCACUGCUUACUGAGCCGACCCCGUCGAUGGGUCUCCAUCACACUUCUCACCCCAGAUCAAAACCCCCACAGCAGGACAUUCUUUUGAGAGACACAUUUAUGGAAAGCACACGUUCAAACGGACAGCUUUGUGAGGGGAAAGAAUUUAAGGAACACCAGGCUUUCACAUGGUCUUUGAAAGCUCAGUCAUUACAUUUGAUCCUCGGCCAAAUCCUAUGUCUGACUCUUCAAAUAUACAAAAAACCUCAAAGGGCUGUGACUGAAACAUUUAGAUUUUCUGGUGCUUGCUUGGGAAAGAAAUGCAAAAGUUGGCUCACUUUAUUUUGUAAUGACCUUACUUGUAAUAUUUAAUACUAGGCACUGGAGUAUGUAGCUCUACGUUUUUCCACAGUGGUCAUAAUUUAUUGAAUAGAAAACAAAUUUUGUUAUAGACUUUACUACGUAUGUUUUUAAGAAAUAUCCUCCUCUAGUAACGUAAAAGAAUUAUACAGCAUUAUUUUACUCUUUCAUAUGCAUCAUUCUUCAUUAUCAAAUUAAUCUAGAGGGGGACAUUUACUCUUUUUUUUUAUAUAUUGAUGCACUUUUUCUUAUAUUGUAUUGAUACAAACUUGAAUUUUGUAAAUAUACCAGUUACCUUUUUGACUGUGGUUUCAAGGGAAUUGUGGCAUUACGAUUAGUGAGAUAUCAGUCCUAGUUUGGCUUCCAGGUUGGGGCAGCACGUCCAUUAAUUUACUUCACACAACAACAAAGCUUUUGAGAAAGGGUAUGCUUCUGUACAGAAUGUAAACCAGACCAAUGAUUUUGUCUGUGCUGAUAAUGCUUCAUUCUUUUAUUAUAUAGAAAAUAAAGUAUUGAGUAUAUUCUCAAA